AUGACAGACAUACCAUCGGACGCCUUUCCUCCUGCUGGCACUCCGGAAGAAUCAUGGGAACUUCUACUACACAGCUCCAUACGGUGCGGAGUCGCCCAAAUAACAGGGACUGCUUUAGCGGCCGUGUACAACAUUUCCACUCCCAUUGCAGAUUUCUUGGAUGGCAAUCCAUGA